AUGAAUAAUACUUAUAAGUUUUAUUAUGGAGAAGAUUUAAUUGAAAAGACCAAGGAAUAUUAACUUACGACAUAAACUACAAGAAUAGCAAGAUCAAAAAGUGAAAACAGAAAGAUGGUCAAUUCUAUAACAAAGUACUCCAAUUCUGCAACUUCCAAAUCCCAUAUAAAAGGUCUUGAGAAUAUUACUGAAUACCAUUAAAAUCCUAUUGGGUAAAUGCGUAUUAUGAAAAGAAGAAAAUUAAUUUUGUAGAAAGAAGUUCAAAAUUCAAAUAACUCUCAAUGUUAGUUAACUAAUUCAACCAAAAUAAAAAUAAUUCAAGUACACAAUAGGGAAAGUCAAAAGUCUACUGAAAAGAGAUAAUUAUUUAGCAAUUAAAUUUAAUCUCACCUAAACAGUUUCGAUAACUAAUAAUAAUUUCUAUAGUCUUUAAUAUAGAAGGAUUUGAACCUUGAAAGGAUUAAUAAGUUGGUCAAAAUUAGGUUAGGCAAAUCAUAAGUCAAAGUCCAUUCCCAUUAAAGAUCUUAAAAUACUGAAGUUUCUAGUGAAAAGCAUUAAUUGGCUACACAGUCCUCUAAUCGUAGAUAACGUUACGGAGAUUCGAAAGACAUAAGAUAAUUUGAGUUGAAGGUAUACAUUUACAAGUUAAUUUUGACAUUCGAAUACACUUGUCAAAUUUGGAAAGGGAAUAGCAAAUUAGAACACUUUUUAGAAGAUGAAUAGAAAUUUGUUGGAUUUAUGAAUUUCACUUACAACCUAACAAAUUUACCAUUAAACAUCGAAGGAUUGGCUUAAUUGUUCAAAGGAACUUAAUAUUUAAUCAAAACAUUGAAAUCUUACAUUCCAUAAAAAUUAGAGAAUUUAAUCUUUGAAGAUUCGGAAUGUCAAAAGUUGAGACAAUUAACAUUUUAAUAUCAGGUAUUUUAUAUUUUGAAUAAUCACUCUGUGUUGAUAGAUAAUUUUACUAAUUAAACAAUUCGAUUUAUGUUAAGAUAAUCUAAAGAAUGUAGUGAUUUAUAGUAUCUUAUUGAAAAAUAGUUUUUGAGUAUGAAUUUGUAUGAUAUCGAUGAAAUAUAAUGUUUAUUUGAAAAAUAAUUUAAUUAACCCUACGAAUUAUUGUUGAAUGAGGCUAAAUCAUUUUGUAAUUUAGUUAUUGAAUAUGAUUAUGUGAAACAACUGUAUUGUUUUUGUAUUAAGGUGUAGGAUACCUUGUCAGAUAAGAUUAAGUAAGAAGGAAAUAGGAAACAAGUGUAUGAUAAGGGAUUCGAUUUCAAGACUGCCAUGUCGAAGAUUAAAUCAAAGGAAAUGAAUCAUGAGAAAUUAUUGGCUUAAUUAGUGCCUCAAAAGCAUGAUAUUAUUUAGAAAUUAGAUAUGUUCGAAUGUAAGUUUGGCCAAUUUGAAUCCAUAUCUAAUCUGUCGAGAGAAUAUGCGAAAUUGGGUGAUAUGAAAUACAAUUAGCUUUAUGAAAGGAUUCUCAAAUUAUAAAAAUAAAUGGAAUGA